AUCAAUUGUGUAAUUAUGGAAAUUGACAUCAAUGAUAUAAAUUACAACAAUUAUCCAGAUUGCUUGGAGCACAGCAGACUUUGUUUUUUGAAAUUGGGAAAUCUUGCCCUGUCUCCAAUAUACUUUGUGAUUGGUUUGAUCAAGCGACUUUUCUCUAAAUCUCAGCCUUCUAUCACGCUAGAAAAUCCAGAUGUAAAAUAUGCACUAAGGCUGAUCGACAAAGAGCACAUCAGUCACGACACCAGAAGAUUUCGCUUUGCCCUGCCAAGUCCACAACAUGUUUUGGGACUUCCUGUUGGACAACACAUUUACCUCUCGGCAAGGAUUGAUGGGAACUUGGUGAUCAGACCUUAUACACCUGUCAGCAGUGAUGAUGACAAAGGUUACGUGGACCUUGUUGUGAAGAUCUAUUUCAAAGGAGUUCACCCCAAAUUUCCAGAAGGAGGGAAAAUGUCCCAGUACCUAGAGAACCUAAAGAUGGGGGACACCAUUGAGUUUCGUGGACCUAGUGGAUUGCUUGUUUAUAAGGGAAAAGGUGUGUUUGCUAUUCGCCCAGACAAGAAAUCUGAACCCAUUAUUAAACAUGUGAAAUACGUUGGGAUGAUUGCAGGUGGAACAGGAAUUACUCCAAUGUUACAGCUCAUUCGAGCAAUUGUAAAGGACAAGGAUGACCCCACAGUUUGCCAUUUACUCUUUGCUAACCAGACUGAAAAUGAUAUCUUACUGCGCCCAGAACUUGAGGAAGUACAAGCUCAACACUCAGCUCAGUUUAAGCUGUGGUACACAUUGGACAGAGCUCCUGAAAAAUGGGAUUACAGCCAAGGAUUCGUAAACCAAGACAUGAUCAAGGAACAUAUGCCUCCACCACAAGAUGAUGUUCUCAUUCUGAUGUGUGGCCCACCUCCCAUGAUUCAAUAUGCCUGCAUUCCCAACCUGGAUAAAUUGGGUUACACCAAGGAGAUGUGGUUUUCCUACUAACUGGGAGUCAGGGUGAAGUAGAAGGUGGUAGUAGGGGAAAGCGUGGAAAACAGCCUUUGGGAAUAACAGGUAACAGAAACUAAUGACAGGCUGAGUAAACAGAGGCGGAAGCUGUGUUCAGAGGAAUUCCAGCUUGUGCACUCUUGAUGUCUUUCUAAUCCUGCCAAGCUGAAGCCUCAGGUAGACGGAUAACUGUGUUGUAUAUCAUGCUCUUUGCUUUGCUCUGUGUAUCAAAUCUGUAAUAAGGCAAUUGAAUGAGGUUUGGCUCUUUCAUCAUGGAUAAGCAAAUAUAGCUGGGCACUCAUAUCCCCAAAGAGUUUCUUAUGUACAGCAUCUGUGUUGUGACAUCCGGGUGAUAAGCAGGGAGAGGUGAAGGAGGUGGUUUCACUCUUCCUGCUGUUUCUGCACGAAAGCUUUAAAUGCACACCUGUCUAGCACUGACGUGAUCAUGUUUGCCUUCGUUUGCAGAGGGGGGAAAUUGCUUCACAUGCCAAUAUAUAGAAACAUACUCAUCUGGAAAGCAGAGAACUGAUUUGCUCUGUCAUUCCCAGCCCAAACUAUACACAUUAAAAAGGGAUGCCCAAUCAUGAGAUUCUGAAUCUUAAUAGGGGCAAACCCAGAGGACAGAAGUGAGGUGUUUGCAUCUUUUCUUCCUUCAGGCCCUUGUCUGGGGACAAAAAUUUAGAUUUAAAGCUGGGCUUUGUGUAAGGCGGAAUAAGGGCACGUAUGGGGAAGACUAGGUUUAAACUAAAUCCAGCUCCCAGAAAUUUCCAUUUAAAAAACAAAGGCAUGUACAUUUUGGUUUGAAGGUGUUAAAGGUGACAAAUGGGAUGGUCUGUUGGUAGAUGAGAAGGGUGAGUUGGGCUGCUUAUAUUUUCUUUUAAGUGUAGUAACUUGUAUCUAAAAUAAUUUGUCUCAGUUCCCACCUCCCCUUUCCAUUGCAUGAGCCUUCAAUGGUUCCUUUUUAAUUAGCUAAACAUAUCCAUGUUUAUAUACAUAAAUAUAUAGGUAGCUCAGUUACCAAAUAUGUCCAUUUUUAGUUAGGUAGAAAAAUUAAAAUUCUUGAUGUAAAAACUGCUUCAUUCAAUAAUUUUGGGAAAAGCUCCUUAUAAAGGCAAUGUCAGUAGCUGCAUUGAAGGGAGGGAAUAGUGUUUCUCAUCCCCCCCAUUGGCAAGCUUUUUCUCUCUUUCCAGACUUAUUUUAAUAUGAUUAGCGUGCCAGCUGCUGCUAAGUUAAUCCCCCAAGAAAUAAAAAGGUUUGUAAUGAUUAGGUGCUUUAUGUAUCAGAGCCUGAACAGAAGAACUUAGAAGUCUGUUCUUGCCUUCUUGACCAAGAAUGCCAGUGUCUAUUUUUUAAAAAAACAGACCUUGAAUAGGAAUUGUCUACUUGAAGUCAAUCCUUCCCAAAUCUUUCAUUGAGACAGAUGUUGCAGCUGAAGAGACAUGAUUAGCAAGCGUCAAGAAGUUUCUUGAAC